CCCCAACUGACUGCAUCUGCUCUCCAUGCCUCAGUCUCCUCAUCUGAACAAUGGGGGUGAAACCAGCACUCAUGCCCUGAGGCUUCAAGUCCUGAUGUAGAAAAUCCACCUGAUCCAGGUCACUGGGGCUGCUUUGGGCUGAGCAGUAGGCUGGGAGGAGGGCAAAGGAAGUCAAAGGCAGCUAGGGGAGCUCCAGCCUCAGUACUUGCUGCCCAGUGUCUCUUUCUCUAUGCAGACCUAUGCAGACCAUUCACCUUCCUUCACACUGACACUCACACCAGGGGGACAGCGUGAGGUCUAACCAUCCCCACUUAUCUGACGCUCGGAGGACUCUGGAUACCAUGGAGUCCAGUCCUCAACCCACCAUCAUGAUGAGGCCCAGAGAGGGAAAGACACUUGCCUGCAAUUACACAGCACAUCUACAGGAGACCUGGAGAGGACACUGGCGGGAGCCACCCCUACACGAUGGAGGGGCAAGCACCCCAGAGGGGCCUCCUGAGGACCAGGCAACAGGGACCCUGGAAACGGAACUCCUCCCAGGAGCUUCCCGACAGAAGACAGAGGUUCCCCCAGGCUCCGCGACAUUUCCUGAAGACAGUGGGGAGCAGGAAGGAGAAACGGCUCAUCCUUGGAGCAACCCCCCAGACUGCCAAGGGCCAGCACCAGGCACUCCUCCAGGGCAAGGAUGACAUCAAGUUCAGUCCCGUCUCCCCUUGGAAGAUGCACUCGGUUUGCCGGAUGGACAGGGAACUGGAAAUCCAGUGCAGUUCCACCGAGAUGCAAACGGCCCUGACAGCAGAGAGAAUGAGAUUGAGGAACAGGAUGCAGCCAUUCAGCCGAUGCUGUGGGGUCUCCACUGCCCGAGCCUGCUCUCCGUGGUGAGUACAGUAGGCAGGGUCCCUUCCCUCACGGAGGGCUGCAGCCCAUGCGUGCAGGUGGUCUUAAACGAGACUGUGGCAAAGGAUUAGGAAAAGGGCACAGGAUGUUUGAGGACAUGCCCCGGGUAUCCUGAUGUCUGAGAAAGGCAGGGAGCGCGUCCCUGAAGAAGCGGCCGUUUGAGUAGACACCAAGCCCAUAAAGAGCAGAUGGGCAGGGGAGUGGCAUGGCAGCUGGGAGCCUGAGGUGGCGGGUGCAGGGCUCCCUGGAGGAGAGGCCCAAGAGGAAGAUGGGGCGGGCACCAUAGCCUUUGGUGAAGGUUUCAGGAUCUAGCCGGAGGGCAGUGGGAGCCCUUUCAGGAUUUAAGGAGGGGAGAGAUAGGACCAUGUUUGCAUUUGGAGAAAUCACUCUGGGUGGAUGGCAGGGAAGGGUGGAUGGGAAGUCUGGGUGUUGGGGGUAGAAGCAGGGAGAGCAGGCAGGGGCCAUGGCAGGUGUUGGGUGGUACAAAAUGUCAGACUCCAGGACUGUGCUGUUUGGCUGGGACACACCGAGCACAGAGGAGGGGCAUGGGGUCAACAUAUUGGGAGACUCCAUUUAUUGAAAUGUCUAGAAUAGGCAGCUCUAGAGAGACAGAAGGUGGUCUGCCCAGGGCUGGGGCGGAUGGGGGUGGGAGGGGCUGCGUGGUAAGAGGUUUCUUUUUGGAGGGAUGAAAUAUCCUCAAAUUGAUUGUGGUGAUGGUUGUGCAACUUUGUGGAUGUAUUAACCCAUUUCAUUGUACACUUUAAAGGGGAGAGAGGACCUCAUUGCCAUAAAGCUCUUUAAAAAGAUAAAUAAAUAAAAGGAAAGUUGAGAUUUGGUCCCAGAGGGCUCAAAUGCCAGGCCAAGGAGAGGUGGGGUACAGUCGCCUGAGGGGCGGAGCUGGUGGAGCAGAGGCCCCCUCCCGGCCUCCCUGCCCGCGGCCUCCCUGCGCAGGCUGGCCUGUCUCCCAGCCUGAGGUGCAGUGCUGCAUCUCUGGUCAGUUGGGAGUCUGAGAUGAAGCACUGUAGCUCAGGAAGGGAGAAGUUGUUCUGCGGACACCUGCCAGAAGCGGUAAGUGCUGGUGUUGGGGGCACCAGGAAGGGCAGGACACUUCCGGUCUCCAGACUGUCAGCGGCUUGUGCUGAGGAAGUUUCUGGACCCAAGUCUCACCCAUACCACCAUCUGCUUCAUGAUUCUGGGCAAGUCCUGGCUGCUCUGAGCCCCAUAGUCUGUCCAUUGUAAGAUGAACGGUUGGAGCUUUUAGUGUGGCCGUUACCCUGCACCCUGACUCGGCUUUUUCUGAGCCGUGGUGGACCCCGCUAAUCUGUCAAGGCGUCCAUUCUUGAAACGCUCAGAUGCAGCUUCAGAAUCCUUCUUAACACCAAGUCCCAUCAGGGAUUCAGAGCUGAAACCCAUCCAUCGUUUGUGGGUUGGACAAAAUCUUUCAGUCCUAAAGAUGAAGUCCUGAGCUUUGAGCCAGGCUCUUCUCUCGUGGAGCUGCUACCCUUGCCCCAGGCUAUUGACUAAAACCAAUCCAAACAUCUCACAAAUGCCUGCCGGCUCCUAGAGGCUUCAGACAAGCAAGGAUCAGCAGAGGAAAAUCACUGGGCUAAGCACAAUUUUAUUUACCUUUCCAAUGAGCUUGGGAGGUGGGUACUGUUAUUGACCCAUUUUACAGAUGAGAAAACUAAGGCUCAGUUAACUAAUUUGCCCAAGGUCACACCUUGAUUGUGUUGAGCCAGGGUUGUAGCCUAAUCUGUCUGGUUUCAGAUCUGUAUUGUUACCCAGUGCAGGUGACAUUGAAACCUGGGGAUCGGGGACCUGGAGGUGAACAUAAUAAACCCUGCUCUGGUCUUGUCCUUACAUCUUGGGUCACUUUUAGCAAAGACAGACCCAGACACUUUCCAUCAAUCCUAGCAAUUCCCUUCUUCCUAGCCUCCACCCCCUAAAUUAUAUUUAUCUCCCCUAAUCCGGUAGGUCCUCUACUAUCCCACUUUACAGUUGAGGAAAGCCGAGGUUAAGUGACUUGCUGGAGGUCACCAUGGAGGAAGUUGCCAGAGACCAGGGACCGGAUCUGCCUGGUUGGUUUAGUUUAGAGUAAAACCCUCCCUCUGGCUGGAGUCUCAGGAAUGCACACAACUCAUGGCUGUCCUGGGAAGGGGGGCCAGCUUGCUGGAUGGAUGCUGGUCAAGAACGUGGCCUUUGACCUCCGGGAAAGUACUUUCCAGGCCACUUGAA